AUGAAGAACUCUCUAAAAACGGGAUACCGCCUUCGUGUUUUCUUUCCUGUCCUCUUGCUGCUCAUCAUUUCCAGCACGUGCCGCAAGUGCCGCGGUGCAACUCCUCUAUGUCUGGUGGAAGAGUCUGGCAACCCUGGUUCAAGCGGCAACUUGGACAACCUUUUGCUGAAUUACCUGUUUGCAAAGCAAAUGGCCCGUCGCGUUCAGCAGAGGGACCUCGAACAGUCCAUGGACUUCCAGCGCAAGCGGAGCGGCUGGAGACAGUGCGCAUUCAACGCAGUCUCCUGUUUCGGCCGCCGGAAGUAAACGCCUUCAGUUCGUCGUUGCUGUUCCACGGAAGUCCUCCACCGCGAGUCACACACCCGAGCCCUCAUUGUCACCCAUACAGUCGCCCCGACGAUAGGUAGUAGCGAAGGUCGUAUUUUCUUUCAAGACGCCGUGUAACAUACGUGUACAUUACUAGUGAGUUGCUGGACUCUUACGUCAUUUCUUAAUCCCUGCCAAGACUUUAUUCCAGAUUAUGAAUUUCGUAAGUACGUUCGCAAAUAAGACAACGAAAGAAGGUGCCACAGGGCAGAACAAAUGAAGGAAAACUAUCGGAUAAUUACACGAAAUGGCAUUGCUAUAUCGAUAACUACUUUGAUGUUACAAAAAUGUGUCGCUAUAUUGGAAACUGCAUCGCUAUAUCAGAAAUCGUCGCUAUAUCGGAGCGGUACACAAUUCGACGAAGUAGAGUGGAACACGCGCUGAAGAAAGUUUUCUCAUGCCGAGAAAUAGAAACUUUGAACGAUCCUGAGCACCCUGACUUAUCUUAAUUCGUCUACAAGACUAUCACUCUCUCAUGUUUAAUUCGUGAAAUCACCAGUGGCAAGAGUACUGCAGUCAUUUUAGUUGACCUAGUCAAGCAGCAUGUGUAGAUUUACAGUGAUCUCUCUAUGUGUUACCGUACACCGCCUUCUGUACGAGCGUCCGGCUGUCCACGAUAACGUUAUUUUCAUCCCGUACUCUCUCUCUUUCGUAGAUAUUACCCCUUCAUUUCGUGCACAUCUUUCCUCCUUACGCCUCUUCCCUCCUUGUCAUAUCGUCCCUAUCGUUCGCAUUGUACGAAGCCUCCCUUCUUGAUUGCAUUUUCUUCCUGUAAUUUAUGGGAUCUUUCAAUAAAUAUUGCGACUUCGGUUUGUA